AUGCCAGCCUGGCUGCCUCAUGGGGAGCUAGACACACAUGGCCAUGCCAUUAGCCUCCUGUUCGGCUUCUAGACGGGUUUCAUCUGGGAGACCUACAUAGUCCUUGCUUGGAACAACACAGUGUAAAGCUGCCCUGGUGCUAACUUGUCUUCUGAAUAACCACACACCGAAAUACAGCAGAACAGAAGACGGGGCCACAAAGAAGAGGACCACAGUCAGGUGCCAGAAGCAGGUGACAUCUAG